AUGGCCGCCAAAUCCUUUAUCGUCACACUGAAAGACCACGUUGCUGACGUUGACAUUUCGUCCGUCAAGAAGUCGUUCACACAGUUGGGAGGCGAGAUCACACACGAGUUCUCGCUUAUCAAGGGCUUCACCGUGAAGGUUCCCGAGGCCGGCAUCGACAGCGUCAAGGAAAAGCACUCGGACGCCAUUGCCAACAUCGAGGAAGACAAGGAGGUCUCCAUCAAGAAAUAA